AUGAGUAACCGCCACCAUCUGCCGGCUGGGCAGAACAUACACGCCCACAGCGGCAUGCCCAUGGAUAUGAGCGGGCCCGGCCCGGCAGGAGGAGGUGCCCGACGAAGACAGCAGCAGCAAUACAUGCCGCAGUAUCAUCAGCAGAUGAAUCCCAUGUAUCAAAACUACGGCCACCAGCACAAUCCAUAUGCCCCCCCUCAGCAAUACUAUGGUAUGCCCCCGCAGUUCCAAAACGGGGGAAUGCCCUCGCCAGGAUGCCCGCCUUACCAGGGAUACGGUCGCUCGCCGCCUACCAUGCCACAAUAUGUGCCCAUGGUCGGCGUCAGUGUUCCUCCCAACUACUCUCGCCACGCUCAGAACUCUCCCAGUCUGUCGACUCCUUAUCAACCACCUCAGACGACUGUUCCCAUUCCUCCGCACACGCCUUCGUCAACGCACUCUUCGCAGAUUCAGCCUCCACCCACGCCGCCAACGCCGCAAAUACAGGAAAUCAUAAACCCGCCCCCUGCGGCCCAACCAGUCGCACAACAGCCCGCCUCUCCUCUCCCACCUGUCGCGACUAACAAAUCACCGUUCCGCCCUCCACUACCGUGGCACUCGUGUGCUGACGCCGAGUUUCCCGUACGGACCACGCGCCUACGCAAGUCGCGGCAACGGAUCGACAAAAAUAGCAAGGCUGUUUCACUCCCCAAGGUUCAGCAGGAUGCCGCAGCAGGUGUUCAGGCCACCAAGCAGCAUGACUCUACCGCGCCAGAGACGGAGAAGCAAGUAAAGACUACAGACGCCCACCAGGAGACACAAGUGACUCAAGCUCUCCCAUCUGAGCAACCUGCCCCUGAGGCCAGCGAGUCUGCUCCUGUCGCGCGUGCGCCCCCGAGCAGCUGGGCCAAUCUCUUCGCCAAGACUCCCGUUGCCGCUGUUGUCAACAUAAAUGGAGGCAAUGAUGCUUCGGACGAGACAAACGGCGUCACUCCUGAGGGAAGCAAUAGCGGUGUCGUUUCGUCUGCACUCAAGGCCAAUGCCAACUCUGUCGCGGAGGCUAUUCGCUCAUACAAGGUUGGUGGAGCUGACCAAAUGACUGUCUUUCUGGAGCCUCGGGGCCUGAUUAACACCGGCAACAUGUGCUACAUGAACUCGGUCCUUCAAGUCCUCAUGUUUUGCUCCCCAUUCUAUAACUUCCUCGACCAGAUUAGCAAGCGUGCUGCUCAUAGCUUCAAGAGCGAGACGCCACUCCUCGACGCCAUGAUUAUGUUUAUGCACGAAUACAAUAUCCUCAAGUCGGCACCAACUAACGAGCAGCUGCGCAAGCUUAUCCGUGGCGAGGAGAUUGAGCGUUACGGAGAGCCUUUCACCCCCGAAUUUGUGUACGAAGCUAUACGACAACUUUCGCGAUUUGCGAGUAUGCGUCGGGGCCACCAGCAAGACGCAGAGGAGUUUCUUGGGUUCCUACUCCAGUCUCUUGAUGACGAAUGCACUCAUGUCAUGAACAACGCAUCACAGGCUGCCAGCCAAGCUGCUGGCUCCGAGGCUACUUCAGUAGACGCUUCCGCUGAUCCUAACGGCGAUUGGCUUGAGGUUGGCCGCAAGCAGCGUGCUGCUGUUACUCGCUCUUCAGGCUCCAACUCGUCUACCCCCGUCACUAAGAUUUUUGGAGGUCUUUUGCGAUCCGAGUUUCGCGUUCCUGGUUUGAAGGACUCCAUUACUACGGAGCCCUACCAGCCUCUUCAGCUUGACAUCGGCUCGCCUGAGAUCAGAAACGUUGUCGAUGCCCUUCGCGGGCUCACCCGCCCCGAGCGCCUGCAGGGUGAUUUCAACUCGCCUCGCGGCAAAGACGUCACUGCGACGAAACAGGUCUUCAUCGAGACUCUGCCUCCUGUGCUCAUCCUCCACCUCAAGCGCUUCCAGUUUGAUGCUGAAGGUGGUACGACAAAGAUCUGGAAGAAUGUCGGAUACCCUCUUGACCUCGAAAUUCCACGCGAGGCUCUCUCCCGCCAGACUCGCCAGAGCUUGAAUGAUGGCACUCUGCCCAAGUAUAAGCUGAUCAGCGUCAUUUAUCACCACGGAAAGAAUGCUAGUGGUGGCCACUACACUGCCGAUGUGCGUCGCCAGGACGGUCGCGAGUGGCUUCGCCUUGAUGAUACGGUCCUACGGCGUCUCCGCAGCGAGGAGGUCGCUGAAGGCGGUUCUGAGGAGGAAAUCAAGGAUAUCCGCAAGGAUAACAGCCAGUCCGCCACUAGCAACCGCUUUGGCGCUAUGAAUGAUGAAGAUGAAGGCAACGAGGAGGGAUGGAAUCAGGUGACUGCUCCUGCGGGAAGCAGUGGAAAGCGAUGGAGCAACGUUGUCAAUGGCGCCACCAACGGGGCCAACAAGGACAAGUACGUCAAAGAAAGCAUCAAGGACAACAAAGUCGCAUAUUUGUUAUUCUACCAGCGUGCCUGGCAGUGA